AUGAACGCCAUCAAAAACGCCGGAAACUACGUCUCCAGCAAGACCAAGGGUAGUGCCCGUGAGGCCAGCAAAGAAGCCAAUAAGCAAGUGGCUAAGGACCCCAAUGUUCGCACCUCAACACGUCUCCAUGCUGCAGGCGAUGCGAUGAAAGACAAGAUCCAUGCUACUGGCCACAAACGCGAGGCCGACGUGCAUAAGAAUGCUGCGAAGCACAAUUACUAG